AUGGACCCGCCGAGGAUGGAGCCGCCGGGGCCGGCGCAGGGCCAGCACCAGCACGAGCCCAUCAGCUUCGGCAUCGACCAGAUCCUCAACAGCCCCGAGCAGGACAGCGCUCCCCCGCCGCCCCCCCGGGGCCCCGACGGCGCGACCUUCCUGGGCGGCCCCGGCGGCCGCGGCGGUGCGCCCUACCCGGCCCUGCCGGCCCCCUUCCCGGCCAUCGCCGCGCCCUUCGAGGACUCGGGAUCGUACAGUGUGAACCUCAGCCUGGCCCCGGCCGGCGUGAUCCGGGUGCCGGCGCACAGGCCCAUCCCCGGGGCCGUGCCGCCGCCCAUCUCCAGCGCCAUCCCGGCCAUGCCUGCCGUGCCCAGUCUGGGCAGCCUCAACUUCCCCUGGAUGGAGAGCAGCAGGCGCUUCGUCAAGGACAGGUUCACAGCGGCGGCGGCACUGACGCCCUUCACCGUGACGCGGCGGAUCGGGCAUCCCUACCAGAACCGGACUCCACCGAAGCGCAAGAAACCGCGGACAUCCUUCUCCCGGGUGCAGAUCUGCGAGCUGGAGAAGCGCUUCCAUCGGCAGAAGUACCUGGCCUCGGCCGAGCGCGCUGCCCUCGCCAAGUCCCUCAAGAUGACGGACGCCCAGGUGAAGACCUGGUUCCAGAAUCGGCGCACCAAGUGGCGGCGGCAGACGGCAGAGGAGCGGGAGGCCGAGCGGCAGCAGGCGAGCCGGCUGAUGCUGCAGCUGCAGCACGACGCCUUCCAGAAGUCUCUGAACGAGUCGAUCCAGCCCGACCCGCUGUGCCUGCACAACUCGUCGCUGUUCGCGCUGCAGAACCUGCAGCCCUGGGAGGAGGAGAGCGCCAAGAUCCCCCCGGUCACCUCCCUCGUCUGA